AUGGAUACCAUCAAGAACACCGUUAACCAAGCUACCGAGAAGGUCCAGGAGGGUAUCUCUGGCACCAGCAAGGAGGCUAACAAGGAGGUCGCCAAGGACUCCAACGCCGGCAUUGGCACUCGUGCUUCCGCAGCCAAAGAUGCAGCCAGCGACAAGAUCGAUGAGAGCACUCAUGGAGCCAAGGGAGAGGCCUACAAGCAGAACCCAUAA